GGCUGCCAGUCAACAUAGGGGCUACCAAAUAGCCAUUCACAGCCCUGGGAAUGUUGGUGUUGCUCUUAGAUAUUACAUCUAAAUAUGGCUCAUUGGUAAAAUUGGGGACCUCAGCUCUAAAGGGUUUAUCAGGAAAGAAAAGUGGGUCCUACAGCCCUGCAUAGCUACAAAGUACCUUGUUAAUAUAAAUGAAUGGCCGAUAAGGCUCAGAUGUCAUUCGUGGGGCUCUACACACCUUUUUGUGUUUCUGGCUCUUUGAACUCAAGGUCACUUGGCCUCAGUCAUUAAGCACCAUGACAAACUUGUACAUGUGGCAAUUUCUGUCUGAUACAUAGACAGGUACUUUACAUGAGAAACUUUAUAGCGAAGGAUAAAGAAAAACCUGAGUAGUUCUAUUUACAGCUCUGAGUGUAAUUAGCAGCACUGUAUUAAAAUAAAGUCAUUAUCAGAAGCUCUGUGUUAGGCUAAAGUCCAGUGAAUUAAAAUAAUGAUCAGACUUCGUGUACCCAAUCUCUGAUUAGUCUGAGCUGAUCUGCUGAUAUCAGUGGCAAAGUCCAUUGUGCAGUCCAACACUGUCUCUCUGCUGCUUGUUUGCCCGGCAUAUAUAUAUAUAUAUACACACGGGCUGGAGCUGCAUUUCCCACUGUUACCGGGUUCAUCUGUGUGUAGCACCAGUGCCAAGGAAUCCUGCAGCCUACAGCAACAACAAUAUUGCAACCUACUGAACUGAGGAACGCUCUCAGCAUGGGCUGGAUAUGGAGUAAGGAAGCAGCCUAUGUAUAUCUGCUUGGCUCAAUGCUGGGAUCCUAUUCCUGCCAAUCUGUGCUUGUGGCUAAUAACCACCUCCUGCCUGGAAAUGCUGACAGUAUAAUGAAUGGAAAAGAGACAGUUUUUUUUAGAGACUGUUCAGAACUUCUCUAUAAGUCCCAAGGCAUUGCAACAGAUGGCUUAUAUAUAAUACAACCAGCAGAUGUUCAAAUUGUUGUUCUUUGUAUCAUGCAAGAUGGUGGAUGGACGGUUAUCCAGCACAUCACUGCAAAUAGCAGCUUGGACUUCGAUCGUGGUUGGGAAGACUAUAAGUUUGGCUUUGGUAGUGUCCUUGGAGACCACUGGCUGGGCAAUGAAUACAUGCAUCAGUUAACCCAGCCCCAAGGCUUUCAGAAACUGGGCAUCAGACUUGUAAAUGUGGAAGGGGACAUAAAGUGGGGCGUGUAUGAUCCAGUCCUUAUUGAAUCAGAGGAUUCUCAGUUCCGACUGCGUUUAGGACUGUACCGUGGUUCUGCCACUGAUGCUCUUACACGUGAUACUGAAGCGUAUGUCCAUGACAACCAGAAAUUUACCACUCGUGACCGAGACAAUGACAACUAUAUCCAUAACUGUGCCAAGUUAGAAUACGAGGGCAUAGCCGGAGGAGGGUGGUGGUAUGACGCCUGUGCUGGGGCAAACCUUAACCGUAGGAAUGUUAUUUAUUGGCAAAAGGACUGUACCAAAGAGACACUGUGUAAAUAUGCCACCAUGAUGUUACAAUCUAACUGGAAUAAGGGAUAUGGGAAGAGAGAGAACUGCCAAAAGGAUGAGUUAUAGAUUCAGAAACCAGUCUCAGAUAAACCUUGUUUGGAUAAAAUCUCCUUGCUACAGAUAUAUUAUUAAUAUAUAAUAAACUGGGGCAAAAGUUUGUCUGUAUAAUACAUAGCACAUAAAGAUAGUUAUUUGCUAGGAACAAGUUACACUUUUUCAAUUUCAUUUGAGUUUGAUAUAUUUAGGGCUAAAUACACAUCUCUUUGCCUCAAUUCUUCUCAGCAUUUGACCAACUUAAUUUUGUAUGAUAAUAUCAGUGUGUAUGUCCACCGUAAGGUCCUUGGCUCACUAUUUUGUCCUUGGUCACCUAGUUACAAUGCAUAACUGUGCACAGUCUUUGAAGUCUCCAGUCAAUCAGUGUGGCCCUCAGAUUCGCAUCCACGUCUGCAUUAAAGCCCAGCCACACCCGUUCAACCCUUAGGCUAAUGCUCCAUGGAAAGAUUAGUUGCCAGUGAUUAAUCUCUGCUACUGUGGGUGACUAAUCUCUACAAAAUGCCUUUCCACUGGCAACAAAGGUUAAUCGCUGGUGGAAAGGCCUACACAUUGGUUUGUUUUUCUGUAGCCGCACAAAGAUGCCUGGGUAUGCCUUUCCACAGGUGAUUCCCUUUGUUUGCCGGUAGAAAGGCAUUUUGGGGAGAUUAGUCGCCUGCUCUCUCUGUGGGCUACUAGCCUAAAACUCAUUAUAAACACACAGAAAUCAGCUUGUAUGGACAGGUCGCUAAGUGGUUGUGUCUUUGCUGAUUUGGCCACUCUCAUGGUAUGCCAAAAUAGUCUGAUGAUAGUGCUUGACUCUCAGGCCUUUUGAUAGGAUCAUGUGGUAGGCCUGCACAAUCUAGCACAAUAUUCACUGGACUACAUAUAUUGUCCAAACCUGUCUUUGAUUGGAUUAUCCUCCUAGCCCUACUCAUAUGUGGAGAAGCAUGCUUAGAUAUUGACCUGGAACAGGGAAAUUGUUUUGGUCUCAUACAUGGUUGAUCAGCUGCCAACAGUAUUAGCUCAAAUAAAAAUAAAGAUUCUGUUCAUUCCUG